AAGGGCGAUGGCACGGGCAUUGCAGUUUUUAUCCACAACAGAGACCCCGAGUGGAAUAGGGGAAGAAGGUGCAUUGUUGUAGCAGUAGCUCGACAAGAGAGGGGCUUUAAUGGAGUACGAAAUGGUAGCAAAGAAAAACAAGGGGAACCAUUCCACUCUGUUACAGGUGAAUGAGUUCACAAAUGAACGUGCAUGGCAGACAUUUGUCACUUGUUCUAUUGUGAGCAAUGAAACAAAAAAGCUGGGUGGAAGUGUUGUGCUUUCUGCAUUUAAAAAAAGAGUAAAGGUCGUGCAGGUAUUCGAAGGUGACAACUUUUUUUUGCUAUGCAGUUAACAGAUGCAAUCAGACAAAUUUCACACAGGAAGACGCGCAGAAUAGCCGUGGACGGAUUUCGUGACUGCGCGGGCAAACUAUGAUGCACUACAAGAAGGGCAAGAACGUGGAGGAGGAACUGUCGCAGGAGCAGAUUCCGAUCGAGGUGCUGCCGGCGAACUUUCUAUGGAUGCACGUGAAGGGUGGGUCGGAGGUGAAGAAUCUGGUCGACUAUGCGAAGAAAGCGCUGGAGGAGGGAACACACCGGUCGGUCGUGUGGAGCGGCUCCGAUGGUGGCGUCGGCAAGACGAUAAGCUGUGCGGAAAUCAUGAAGCGACACUUUGAGCUGCACCAGGUGACCCGCAUCUGCUACAGGAAAGUGGAAGAGUUUUGGGACCCACAGCAGGAAGGGCUGGAGCAAAUCGUAGCCAAGCGCAACAUACCCUGCGUGCACAUUCUAAUGUCGCUGGAUGAGAUUGACCCGUCGGUGGCGGGCUAUCAGCACAGCAAGACACAGGGCGGUUUCUGGACCGAGGCGGGUCUAAGCUCGUCCGACGGUCCGCGCAAGCGGACCAAAGAGGGAGGCGAUAGGAAGGGCAACUACUUCACGGGACCUCAGCUGAAGAAAAAACCCAACCGACACUAUGAGGAAGGAAAUGGCACGCCCAGCAAUGGAGCGAAAAAGCAACAGAACAAUCAAGGCAAAGGGAAACCGCGCGGUGGCGGUGGAGGAGACGGCGCUGCUGCUGCUGCUGCUGCGGGAAGCUCAAAGUACAAGGGUAAGCAGAACAAGGAUGGCGGCAAUCGCCGAAAGCCAAACGAUUCCGAGGUGGGAGAAAAUGGUGGUGGUGGAGGGGAGGGAUCGUCCCGGCAGGAGGGUGCUGGUGGACGAAGGGAUAAAAAGCAACCCGGACAAGGGCGCAAGGAUAAGCAAGGCGGUGUCGAGCGAAUGGAAACGAGCGAUGAUACACCGCCGGCGAGCAAACCAAGCGGGAAGGAUGAUAACGCCGGUGGAGAUGCUCAGUAAGGAUGUUGCGCAUAUAUAAAAAUGGAUAAAAA